AGGGUAUGUGAUGUGAGAUCGCCAAGUGAUCCAAAGCCGGUUGCUUGCACCAAUUAGGGAUGGAAAACCAUGUCGACGAGGUAAUAAGGAUCGGAUGAUCCUCUCUCACUCACCUCUCGCCGGCCGGGUGGGCCUAUAUAUCAGGCACACCCCACCACCUCCCCCAGGCGCAGAUCGAUCGAGCACCCCAAACUUGCACACAAUCACCAUCAGUUCUAGUAGACAAGACAUAUCGACAUCGACGAUGAGCUCCGUGGACGCCACCGGCGGCGAGAAGAAGACGUCGUGGCCGGAGGUGGUGGGCCUGCCGGCGGAGGAGGCCAAGAAGAUCAUCCUCAAGGACAUGCCCGACGCCGACGUCGUCGUCCUGCCCGCCGGCUCGCCGGUGACCAUGGACUGGAGGUCCAACCGCGUCCGCGUCUUCGUCGACACCGUCGCUCAGACCCCGACGGUGGGCAGAAUGAUAAACGUACCGCCUGCAUGCUGGAUCAAAGCUGCUAGCUAGCGCCUACACCCUUGAUGUUCCUUCCUGAUUGCCCUUACUGGUUUAGCUUUUAGCUAGUACACUAGAAAAGGGAAGAUCUAGAGAUCAAAUAAUUGAAGCUCAUCAAAUAGUAUGGGGAAUGGAGCUAGCUGCUGUCUAGAAUAAAACUGAUGGAAUGCAUGAAUAAACAAUGUAUUACUGCAGUACUUCACAUUAUGUGUCCGUAUUCAGGGGGCUAACAAUGUAUAUAUUCUUAUGUUUGCAGAGAAGCGCCUUGGGCUUCAACCAGCAUGCACUGCUGCCUGAAGGGCAAACAAUCUAGUUGUACAGCUAACAGUUGCUAGGUUUGCGCUCACGUUUUUUCUCUACUAAAAACCUUAUAAAAGGGCCCUUUUGGCCUUUGCCGGAAAUAAAUACUGUAUGUUUGCGCCGAAGAGUGUACAUUAAUCCUGUAGCUGAAGACCCCACGCAGAAUCAAGGGAGGAGUGAUGCAUGCAAGUUUGAUGUGCAAGCUGCUGUAAAGAGGAGGAAGAUGGAGGGGAGUAAGAAGCACGUUUAUUAAUCUGCUGCUGUACAAAUUAAAUUUAGCACUAGAGUGAGAGAAAGUAAGCUGUUAGCUGUCUAAAAGAAAAGCCGAAGCCAUUGGCCCUCUGGUUGUAUCUGUUGAUAUAGUAGUGGCUUCCUGUUGUUUGGCCUUUGUUGUAACAUAAGCAGAGGCGCACUAGCCUUCGUUUACAGUUAAGCUGAAUUAUUAGUACCAGCUUUCCUGGACUGUUUGGUAUGUAAUAUGACUUGUUUCUUGUGCAAAUGGAGUCUCAUGUAAUCCAGGUCUAAGAUGUGAAUGUUUCAUUUCUA